AAAAAAAGAAAGUAUAACUGCCAUUGAAAACUCCAUCACUUCAUCUCUCCCACUCCUCUCCCUUCGUCAUCGCCGGCAUCGACACGCCGACGCCGAUCCAGAAUGCCGACGACUUCUUCCCCGGCGGCGUACGCCAUAGCCAUUCUCCUCUGUCUUCUACUCUCUCCGGCGACGGCCGAGAUUAAAAAUGUAAAGAUUACCGCCGACGCCCGCCCCAUGAUUCUCCUCGAAAAGUUCGGAUUCACUCAUUCCGGUCACGUCACUAUCGCCGUUUCAUCCGUCUCUAUCACCUCAUCACUUUCCCGUCCAGAUCCCUCACAUCUUGGAUUCUUCCUCUUAUCAGAAGAUUCACUGAUCCAAGUUAUAAUCGAGCUACAACAAACCCCUAAUUUCUGCGUCCUUGAAUCUAAAUACAUAAAUCUCCUCUUCACCUUCCGAGAUCUAUCUCCUCCUCCGCAUUCAAGUUUCAACAAUUCGUAUCCUGUUACAUCUCCAAAUGAAUACAAUCUCUUCUUCGCUAAUUGCGCUCCAGAGAGUCAAGCCACCAUGGAAGUCCGCACAGAUGUAUAUAACCUCGACGAUGGCGGCGUUAGGGAUUACCUUUCCGCCGGUCUCACACAGCUUCCCACACUAUUCUCUGUUUUCUCACUAACCUAUUUCAUAUUCCUCGGAAUCUGGAUCUACAUUUGCUUAACCAACAAACGAUCUGUUCACCGGAUCCAUCUACUAAUGGCGCUUCUGGUACUAAUCAAAGCUCUGAAUCUAAUGUUCGCAGCUGAGGACAAACAUUACGUCAAGGUUACAGGAACACCCCAUGGAUGGGACAUCCUGUUCUACAUUUUCCAGUUUAUUAGGGUUGUAUUGCUCUUUACAGUAAUUGUCUUGAUUGGAACUGGUUGGUCAUUCUUAAAGCCCUUCUUACAAGAAAGAGAGAAGAAGGUGUUGAUGAUUGUGAUCCCUUUACAGGUAUUAGCUAACCUUGCUUCAGUUGUGAUUGGUGAAACUGGACCUUUCAUUAAGGAUUGGGUAACAUGGAAUCAGAUCUUCUUGUUGGUUGAUAUCAUAUGUUGUUGUGCAAUUAUAUUCCCAAUUGUAUGGUCGAUUAGGUCAUUGAGGGAGACAUCAAAGACAGAUGGGAAGGCUGCUAGAAACUUGGCAAAACUUACCCUUUUCAGGCAAUUCUAUAUAGUAGUAAUUGGAUAUCUUUAUUUUACUAGAAUUGUUGUGUUUGCUUUGAGGACCAUUGCAGCUUAUAAAUACCAAUGGGUGAGCAGUGCGGCUGAGGAAAUCGCGAGUUUAGCUUUCUAUACUAUUAUGUUCUACAUGUUCAGUCCGGUUGAUAAGAAUGAGUAUUUUGUUCUUGAUGAAGAGGAAGAACAAGAAGCAGAGAUGGCUCUUAGGGAUGAAGAAUUUGAGCUCUGAAGAAGCAUUCAUCAUCAUCAUCAUGUAAGUUGUUUUACUACUAUAUUUAAUUGUUCAUAAAAUGUUGUUCAAGAAAUUAUUUAUCUUCAUUAUUACUCACACCUAUAAGUAUCCAGUUUCUUUUGAUCUGUUGCUAGUUUUUUCCUAUCUAUCUGAUCUUGAUAUACUUAACAACAGAAUUAUCCAAGAUUUAGCAUUUCU